AAUUUUUAAUUUCAGACAAGGGCCUGGUAAAAUGUGAGGCAAGUAGGCGAAGAAAAUGUUCACAAUUCUAUGGUAAAGAAUUCGCGCAAUGCCGCUGAAAUUUUAAUUCAAAAUGGCGGAGUAACACGUGACAAUGUCGGUUGGUGUGCGCCUAGAGAAGUUUACCGGAGCUGGGACUUCAGGGGAGAGGAUUUUUAAACUCACAUUCAGAGGAGUGUCUAAACAGACUAAAUUAUUUGAUCAUAAAGGGGACACAUCAGUAAUUACACAGACAGUUGAAUGGCCAAUAGCAAGAGGGCUCGAUGUUGAUGAAAAAUUAGAAAUACUUUUACUAGCUCAUAACAGGUUUUUAAACAAUCGGGUAGUUGCUGUGGUGUCCCUCCCCCUCCACCGACUCCUAGAUGAAUCUCACCAACAGCUUAUGGCGACUAUGCUUGACCCAAACAAUCGACCAAUCAAGGCGUCCCUUGAGUUAUUCAUCUGGUAUAAAGGUCCGGGCAUUCACUUUCGCAACUUUAUGGAUAUGGAUACAGGGACAGAACAGGAUGAAAGUGCUUGGGAGGGGGAUAUGUCGGAUGAUCAAAGAGCAUUGAUUGACAUAGAGAAGAAUAUUGCCAACAUAGAAAGAAGUAUGUCAGCAAACCAACUUGCAAAAACAAGCAGACAACAGGGAGGAAGUACACGAAGCCUGGAUAAAAAUGAUGAAAACUCAGGAAAAAGAAAAUUUUUCAUCUCUUCUGAAAAGGUUCAAAAGAAAAGAAUGAACGCGCUGCGGAGCGUGAAGAAUGUUUUGAGUAUGGCACGCCGUAGGUCGGAUGAUGAGGAUGAGGAGAGAAACCUGUACGGGACGAGUAUGGAGUCCGAAAUCACCACGGACGGGGAGGGGGGAGGGGAAACAGAGGGAGAAGAUGGAGGGGCGGAGAGAACGCAUGACGGGGAAAGGCUGGGUAGUGUUGGCCAGGUUUCUAUAGAUGGAUCUACCAUCCUCCCUCCUGUCGGCAGAAAAAGAACUAAACGAUAUAAAAGGUAAACAUUUAUGAAAGUA